AAACCAAACCGAACCAAUCCAAUCCAAUCAAACUGCCUUGCAUCCUUGCAUGCACCGGCCUCGCCGCUUAGCUAGCCUCACAUCACCUGGCCGCGGGACCGGGGCGCGGCCGGGGGGCCGGGGCGGGAUGCAGCGCAGCUGAUCGGUCUAGCUAGCUAGUUGAUCAUGAUAGAGUCAAGCGACUAACUUCCGAGACUGACUGAAGACGAAUUUAUUAUGGCUUCUCAUCGAAUUCGCAACCCAUUACUCCGUGCAAUACAUGAACAUAAUACAGAUGAGAGGUUCAGGAGAUCAAAUUUGAGAAAAUAUUAUGACGUGGAAGCGUGGUACAGCUGUGAUACUAGCAAGCUCCCUGACUGGCUGGCGUCCAAGUUUGUUCAGAGCAAUUUGGACCAGAGGACAAAGGCUUUCCUUGAUGACUGCUACGAGAAAUCUGGUUGGAUGCUGACCCAAAUGUGGCAUAGCCUAGCCAAGUCAGCUCUUUCAUUCUUCAUGUCAACUACCUCAGUGAAUGGGUUGUUGAAGAGAGGGUCCAUGUUCGUGUUCUCCAGAGACCAAAUCCAGCAUCUCCUUGGGGUUACAGCUGACUGGAAAGCAGAAAAGGUCAUUGACCUUGGGGCAGGUGAUGGGGAGGUCACAAAGGAAGUAGAUUUCAUGUUCAAAGAGGUUUAUGCCACAGAGGCAUCAUGGACCAUGCAAUGGAGGCUGUCCCAACAAGGCUGCAAAGUUCUUCCCAUUGAUGGGUGGAGUUUAGAGAAGAGUGGGCAUGCAUAUGAUGUGAUAAGCUGUUUGAACCUACUUGAUAGAUGUGAUCAGCCUCUGUUACUACUCAAGGAAAUGAAAGAAUCACUUUCAUCAUCGGGUGUAGUCAUCAUGGCAGUGGUAUUGCCAUUCAAGCAGUUUGUAGAGCAUGGUUCAAACCAGAACAAGCCUUCUGAAGUGAUCGAGGUCCAAGGAGAGACUUGGGAGGAACAGGUCCAGCAUCUAGUCCAGGAGGUGAUCCAGCCUGCAGGAUUCCAAGUCCGAAGCUUCUCCAGGGUACCUUACCUCUGUGAGGGGGAUGCCACCGAACCCUUCUACCACCUGAAUGAUGCACUCUUUGUUCUAGAGAGGGGUCAAGAUGCUCUAGACGGUCAAAGAGAGCUGGAAAGAGAAGCUGUUCCAAGCAGUAGCUUAAGUAUAGAAUCAGAAAGAUGAUGAAUAUCACACGAGUCUGAAGAAAACAGUACUUUUUAAAUAACAGUAUUUUUGUUUGUGUGCUCAAUGGGAUCAAUUGGAAUGGAUGCAAGAAUCAGUACCUGUGCAGAGAUUGGACAACUUGAUCUACAAGCGACAAGUCUACUAAACCCAUUUGGUCUACUAUUAAACUGGUCUAAUUGCUGUUUUAUUUGCACGACACUUGGUCUUAUACCCACUCAGUCUAAUUCUCAUUAGUUUAAUUUCCACUUCACCUUUUUAUUGAUUUUUUGUUGUUGCUUUGUCAAAUUGAAAUUUGGUUCAUGAACAGUUCAUCUAGCCAUAUAUACACAAAGUGGAUCUUAGAUGAAAUGUGUCUAGCCUCACAUGAAAUUAUACCAAAUGGUUAAUGGGCUAAAUGCCAAGUAGACCAAAUGGUUGAGAUGAGGCAAACUGGUUGUAGACAAAGAAGGAUUAGACCUGGGACAGUGGGUCCCGUAACACAAAACUUAGCAAUGAUCGUAGAUCAUUUUUCUACGAUGGAUUCCAUUGACUACAAUGUACAAUCAAUCGUGAAAAUCAAGCGUGCGAUCAAUCGCUAACCUUUGUGUUACGGGACCCAGGUUGGAUGAGACCUAAUGGAAAGUACAAUAAGCAGUUGCAGACCAAGUAGCAAUAUACCCUCCAAAGUGCCUAAAUCCUUGUCAUUGUAAUAUACUGUAUGUAUAAACAAACUUGAUUUAUUUCACAACUGAAAUAUCAAAAUUCAUAAUAGUGAGUAGCCUAUGAAAUGACUUCAUCACAGCUGCGUAGAACACACAGCCCAACAGGUAAUCUGCCAGUCUGUGAACCAACUAUUGUUGUGCAUCAGGGCUGGUUUACAGUUCAAUACUUCAGCCAGAAUUUGAAGUGUUUUAUUUAGGAUCUUACCUAAAGUCUAUCUUUAGUUUUGGUAACCCCCCCCCCCCUCCUCAAAGUGCAUGCCACUAUUUCAUUUCAUGAUUUGAUAUUAAAGGGGAAGUUCACCCUGACAAAAAGUUUAUUGUAAAAAUAGCAGAAAAAUUAAUAAAAAAUAUUGUUAAAUGUUUUAGAAAAAUCCAUCGAAGAAUUAAAUAGUUAUUGGAAUUUUAAUUAUUUGAUAUGAGCGGCAUUCCUACAUAGCGAAUGGUAAAAAAUAGAUGAAGCGUCACUUUCUCAGAAAAUUGAAAAUGGUUUUUACUGCACCUUUUGUAUAUCAACCUGACCAUGAAAAGGAAACAAAAAUAAGUCAUCAGGAACCAUUCAAAACAUGAAAUUCAUGCAUUUUAUAUUACAUAACAUAUGGGGCAGCUGCUCAUUUAUGACGUCACAAAUCCAAAACUUAAAAUUCUGAUAACUUUCUUUAUAUUUCCUCAAACCUUCACCAAUAUUUUUGUUUAUUUCUUCUGCUAUUUUUACAACAAACUUUUUUUAAGGGUGAACUUCCCCUUUAAUGCAUGUGCCAAUAACGGUUGUGUGUAGGAUAUAAAGUAAAAAUAUGUUUCAUACCAAUUUUAGAUCGAAAUUCAAACAGGCUUUGCCACCUGAAUACCCCUGCCCCCUCCUGUGGAGGAGCCGUGGUGUAGUGGUUCUGACACUCGCCUUGUCUGGCGUCCUUUGGCAAGGCGUUAAUCCACACUUUGCCACUCUCGACCCAGGUGCUAAAUGGGUACCCGGUAGGAUGUGAAAGUCAUUGCAGCUUGUCCAGUACUGUGUGUGCCCCACUGGCAACUGACUGGAAUACUCCCCAGGGAGUGGAGGAUGUGCAUCCAUUGUGUGCGGGAAUGACUGAUUGAAUCAAUGACCGGGGUAGUAAUGUAACUGUAAAGCGCUUAGACACGUCGUUCCAAUGCUAUAUGAAAUCGGAUUAUUAUUAUUAUUACUCCUGCAUCCUUGCAUGCCAUAACAAUUUUUUUUUCCUGAUGUGUACUCUGUUACUUAUACUUCAUCUGUAUGUUAUAAAAGGAAGAGAAGCUUAUGGAAAAUUGAAAUAAGCACAGGCGUAAAUUCAAGCAGUGAACCUAUGUUCAAGGGGGGGGGGGAUGAUCUAUUGUGUCAUCCCACCCCCCCCCCACUUGAAUAGUAUGACAUGGAUUUAUGCCAAUGGAAACAAGGGACAUCAGAGCAGCCAAAACAUGAAGUUUUGCUGUAGCUGUUGAAACGAGCUUGUGGGUUCUUGAAGUGACGGGAUGGGAUUAGUUGCAAUUAUCCUCGCAGGAUUUCUCUGCCUCACGUUUUUACAAUAUUAAAAGACAUUUAUAUUAUUCUAAACAUGUAUGUGUUGACAAUUUUUAGAGUUGAUUUCUUUGAAUAGAAUGUCCCAGUUGUAAAUGAAUUUACAACUGCUGUCAGUAAUUCAGCCCUCUUGAUAAGUUUCAUUUUGUGUUUAACAUACACAAGUGUUUGACUUAUCCAUGUCAUAUGUCGAGUUUUCAUUUCAAACUUAUAUUUUCUAUAAAUAAAAUGUGCAAUAAAUUUGCUUCCA